AUGGCACGCAAACUAAGUCACCAGAGGGUCACGUACGUGCUCCCUCUGCCUGAUGCCCCCGGUGGGCACCGGCUGGGGGUCAAUGGUCUGGCCGUUGACCGUCAGAACUCCAUCCUGUAUUCCGCAGGCCGCGACGGUGUCAUUUGCUCCUGGGACCUUGACUUCGCCCUCGAUUCUCAGUCUUCCUCAAACCCGUUCUCAGAUGACAACCGCACGCCGGGCCCGACCAGUUUCAAGACACAGGUGCAGGCGCACAGCCACUGGAUCAACGAUAUCGUCUUGACCCAGGACAACUCCGCCCUCGUGUCGGCGUCGUCAGACACCACUGUCCGACUCUGGCGCCCACACUCCGAAUCCACGGAAGUCCCGGAGCGCAUCGGGAAGCAUAGCGACUAUGUCAAGGCACUGGCGAGCCCGGGCGGCCAGGCAAGUUGGGUCGCGUCGGGCGGCCUCGAUCAUAAACUGUACCUGUGGGAUCUGAAUGGCGGCGGAGAGAUCCUCAGUAUCGACGCAUGUGGGGACGAUACCGCCGAGAAAGGAUCAGUCUAUGCGCUGGGCGCUGUGAACUCAGUGCUCGCCAGCGGCGGGCCCGAGAAUGUCGUCCGCGUGUGGGAUCCCAAAUCUGGAAAGCUGGUUACCAAAUUUGUGGGCCAUACUGAUAAUAUUCGGGAUAUCCUGAUCAACCAGACUGGUGAUACUAUUAUGACCGCGUCCUCAGAUCAAACCAUUAAAGUGUGGUCAUUGACCGCGGGUCGUUGCAUGAAUACCCUGACAAUGCAUAACGAUAGCGUUUGGUCUUUGUAUUCGGAUGACCCCAAUCUAGCAGUGGUCUAUUCCAGUGAUCGAUCUGGCCUGGUUGCUAAGACCGAUACCCGGGGCUCCUCCGACGUUGAACAGGGAACUUGCGUUGCUGCACUGCAGGAACACGAAGGCGUAGUCAAGGUAGUGGCUGCUGGUGAUUUCAUUUGGACCGCCACUCCCAAGUCGAGCAUCAACCGUUGGCGAAAUGUUGAUACUACGCUCGAAAUUGAAGCACCACCAGACCCGACUCGCACUAUUGAUUCGGCGGCGGCGGACACGCCAAAAGCGGCGGACACGAAACCCAAGAAAAUCCCUUUCAACGCAGUAUUGCAGUUAUCGAACACAUCCGCUCUGCUUGGAACCCCUUCACAUGCAAGUGGAAAGUCAGGCGAAGGGGACUUGGACAAUGAUAUCGGCAUUACACUCCCAGUGCACUCGCUACCAGAGGAAACAAUCGAGGGCCAACAUGGUCUUAUCAAAUGUUUGAUGCUAAACGACCGGAAGCGAACUUUGACCCAAGACUCGGCAGGAGAAGUUGUUUUAUGGGAUCUCCUCAAGUGUGUCCCUGUGCAAGAAUUCGGAAAACGUCAUAUUGAUGAUGUUGCAACCGAAAUAAAUACCACGGAAAGCAUUUCCCACUGGUGCACGAUUGAUGUUAGGACUGGCAGGCUGUCAGUUAUCCUUGAGCCCAAUCGCUGCUUCGAUGCCGAGGUCUAUGCAGACGAGGCCGGUCUGUCUCCGUCCGACCUUUCGCAGUUCCGGGAAGAUCAAAGAAUCAACCUUGGAAAAUGGAUUUUGCGGUGGCUAUUUGCCCCGUUGGUAGACGAGGAAAUCCGACGAGACAUACAACACCGUGAAGCCGCCAUUGCUAACGCAGAGGAGAUGGCCAGAAUGAACCCUAUGGGUACGUCUGCACCUGGUGACGACAUUCCGCGUAGUGUGGGAAUUCCAAUUUCGCAUGACUCGAUGACAACUCUGCGCCCUGGAAUGGAAUUCCCUGGCAGCCCCAAUACCCCCGGCUUUGGGAUAAACGUGGGCACUCCAGCAUCAGCAUCCUAUCUCAGUACAUCAAUGCAGAGCAAUUCUCCCUUCCCAGCCUUCGAGAUGGACAUGCCUGAUGUUCCUGGCUCGAUAAACCAACAGCAUGAUCCUUCGUCCUUCUCUGAUAAAUCGAGCGACUACUUCUCAUCGAGACCACCAGCCGAAUCAGACAAGAAUCCCAUGUCGCCAACAGAUGCGACUUCAACAUCUGGGAUUCCUCAAUCUCCUGUGGAGCCCGAUAAGGAAGAGCGCAAGAAGGGCUCUUUGUUUGGAAAGAAAUUCCGUAUGGAUUUUCCGAAGAAACUCGGGCGCACAUCGACAGAUACAAAGCCUCAGAUCUUAGAAGAGAAGGCCGAGGAGUCAGAAAUCUCGUCUGUCAAGGAGGAGAAGGUGUACGAAGCUAACAUUAGUGGUGUGAUCGACCGCAUCCGUCACGAUUAUGAAGAGUUUCUUGCUGCGAACCCUAGUCGGGAUUUGGUGACUUCGAUCACUCCAAGCACGGAAAACGAAACCCCACGGCUCGAUAUUCCGGCACGAACCGCGGUCUUUAUCCAGGAGGAAACUGGCGAUACUGCGGUGGCCUCGGAUCUAUACCGUGGCAGCGUGGGUCAUGUUGGCCAGGAGAUUGACCUGCUUGAGAAGGCAAUUCCCCAUUGGCUUGGCGAGCUUCUUCUUAAGAAUCAAAUUCCGUUCAAGGAACAAGUGAAGAUUGCCUUUGUCCUGAAGCCAUUUGACGAUUUACUUCCCCCUGUUGUGAAGCCGGAACCCCCGACUGCGAAUGGUGGCCCUCCUGUGAAUGGAAACAACAAUAGCUCUCGGCUGAAUGCUAAUCGUAUGCUCCGGACUAAGAAAGUGCUUGCCUAUGUAGCUGAACGCAUUGAUCCUCCUAAUCCUGACGAGCCUGAAUCCAAUCCAAUGCCACCGGAGGAGUAUCUUGAGCUGUAUUGUCAAAAGAUGCUGUGUCCACCCAACAUGACUUUGGCGACAAUUCGUACUCACCUUUGGCGUACUUCUGGCGAUAUGGUUCUCUACUACAAAGCCAACGGAAAGAAGGAAAUCCGACCAUCUCCUUCGUUGGUGGCCAACAACGAUAGUAACCACUCCACUGCAGGCGAAGUUAAUGUUCCAAACGGCGAUACUAGCGCACCACCUGGCAGUAUUCAUUCCAUGACCAAUUCAGGGUCUGCUCCCGGCUCUAUUGCCACCUGA